UUAUUAAAACUUUUUCAAAGCAAGAAAAAAGAAGAUGACCAAUUGGAUCUGCCACGUGACUAUAAACUGGCGCCAACAAUAAUGCUUCCGAAAAUAGGGAGUCGUUCUAAUACACAGGCUUCUCCGGCCGUAUCUAGGGAACCUUCAAACGUCGAUAACACCCAACAAGGGAAAAAGACUUUGAAAUUGCCGAGCAUAAAUAAAACAGUUUCAGUGCAAGACCCUCCCAGCAGACAGCCGACGCAGACUGACAUACCCGCAGCGAAUAUUUUCCAAGCGCUGAGUAAUCAAAAUACGGACCUAUCGAGUCUCAAACCUAAGAAGCGGGAUAAUACUUUAGAGGGGCUUAAGAAAAUUGCGGAUAAAUUGCGACCAAAGAAGGAACAGAAGAAAAAGUUAUGGCCGGGAGAUCCCGCGGCAGUGGGAUCCAUACGGAGGCCCAGGAAGACGGCUCAGGAAAUGGCCUCCAUGCUAACCGCCGCCACGAAGGUGCUACAGACGAACAGAGAGCUCCUUGCGCUGCAAACAUGCACCAAGAACUGCCAAAGGAAGUACCAAGUCGACGAAACCUUGCUUCCAAAAGAAGCUCCGCCGACUCUUUCGUCCAUCAUGAAAAAAUAUCGGGAGAUGAACCGCCCUCCACGGAAGGCGAAGUCUAUGGGAGAUUUACCUAACUUAUCAGACAGCACAGUAUCGCUGGCAGCUUCAGAGCCGGCGUUAACCAAAGGAAAACUAGAACUCAGCAAAGGAUUCUUUGCGAGUAUAACCAAAAAGGAGCCUGGGUCUAAUUUACUGACGGUUCCAAAAGAUCAGCCUCAAGGUCAAGUGACUGAAGGUCAAGGUCAAGUUCAGAAAAAUGACCUUAACCCUAGACCCGUGCUGCCAUCUAUACAAGAGACGCCUGCCAAAAAGCCCGCCGCUGCUGGUGGGUUGAUGGCUAUGCUUAAAAACAUGAAAGCAGCGAAUGCAGCUUCUGGCGCGGCUCCUAUUGAAGUACAGUGAUUCUUUGCCUGGUCAGUUUAUGCUGUAAUCUACGCCAUUCCCAUUUAGUGAAUAUGAUAGCGCUGCUUAAGACGUGCAUGUUUUUGGUUAAGACAGCGUUUAAAUUUCAGACACUGUCUAUCAGUAAAUUACAGGAUAUCUAAUUUCUGCAUGGGAAACUCCUGCAACAAACAGAGGAAAGAACAACGACUUUCUAUGAAUAACAAUACUCAAAUUUGCCAGAAUUUAUGAUAUUUUAAGUGGGGUUUGCUUCAGAAUAGGAUGUGUCACAGCGGCUUUUAUCAGUAAUUAUUUUUAUAUGUGUACUAUUUUUCUCAUUUUCGUACACGAAUUGUUGCCAAAAGUGAGACAGCCAAGAAUGCUCAAAUUGCUUUGCAAUAGACAAGUCAUUUUCAGAUUCACUAUGCACAAAAACGCGCCACAAUGGAGUAAAUGUAGAAAUAAUAGAAAGUAGAUAUUGAAUGAUUAGAAAAUUGUGAAAUUUUUGUAGGACAAUUGUGUUAAGCGGAUAUGCAAAAUAAAAUGGCCAUUUAUGUUUAUUUAUAA